GCCGCGGGGCUGGCGGGCUGAAGGGAAGAAAGAUGGCGGCAGCGGCAGCGGGUGGUGCGGCCUCCGGGCUGCCGGGUCCAGUGGCACAAGGAUUGAAGGAGGCAUUGGUGGAUACCCUCACCGGAAUCCUGUCCCCAGUGCAGGAGGUGCGAGCGGCUGCCGAGGAACAGAUUAAGGUGCUCGAGGUGACAGAGGAAUUUGGUGUUCACCUGGCAGAGCUGACCGUAGAUCCCCAGGGAGCACUGGCAAUCCGUCAGCUGGCAUCAGUCAUCUUGAAGCAGUAUGUGGAGACUCACUGGUGUGCCCAAUCAGAGAAGUUUAGGCCUCCUGAAACUACAGAAAGGGCAAAAAUUGUUAUCCGGGAGCUAUUGCCCAAUGGGUUGAGAGAAUCAAUAAGUAAGGUGCGCUCCAGUGUGGCCUAUGCAGUGUCAGCCAUUGCUCACUGGGACUGGCCUGAAGCCUGGCCCCAACUCUUCAACCUGCUCAUGGAGAUGUUGGUGAGCGGAGAUUUAAAUGCAGUCCAUGGAGCCAUGCGAGUGCUGACAGAAUUCACUCGAGAAGUAACAGACACACAGAUGCCCCUUGUUGCUCCGGUCAUUCUUCCAGAGAUGUAUAAGAUCUUCACUAUGGCCGAGGUGUAUGGCAUUCGAACCCGUUCCCGAGCUGUGGAGAUUUUUACGACUUGUGCCCAUAUGAUCUGUAACAUGGAAGAACUGGAAAAGGGUGCAGCCAAAGUUCUGAUCUUUCCUGUGGUGCAGCAGUUCACAGAGGCCUUUGUUCAGGCCCUCCAGAUACCGGAUGGCCCCACAUCUGACAGUGGAUUUAAGAUGGAAGUCCUAAAGGCAGUGACAGCCCUGGUGAAAAACUUCCCAAAGCACAUGGUGUCCUCCAUGCAGCAGAUUCUGCCUAUUGUUUGGAACACCCUAACUGAGAGUGCAGCUUUUUAUGUGAGGACAGAAGUAAAUUACACAGAGGAAGUUGAAGAUCCUGUGGAUUCUGAUGGUGAAGUCCUGGGCUUUGAAAAUCUCGUCUUUAGUAUUUUUGAGUUUGUCCAUGCUCUCCUAGAAAAUAGCAAAUUCAAAAGCACUGUUAAGAAAGCCUUGCCUGAGUUGAUUUACUAUAUAAUCCUGUACAUGCAGAUCACUGAGGAGCAGAUUAAAGUAUGGACAGCCAACCCCCAACAGUUUGUAGAAGACGAGGAUGAUGAUACUUUCUCCUAUACGGUUAGGAUUGCGGCUCAAGACCUAUUGCUUGCUGUGGCCACUGAUUUCCAGAAUGAGAGUGCAGCAGCCCUGGCUGCUGCAGCCACUCGGCAUUUACAAGAAGCUGAGCAAACCAAAAACAGCGGUACCGAACACUGGUGGAAGAUACACGAGGCAUGUAUGCUUGCCCUCGGCUCAGUGAAGUCUAUCAUCACUGACAGUGUGAAGAAUGGCAGGAUCCAUUUUGACAUGCAUGGGUUCCUGACCAAUGUCAUCCUUGCAGACCUCAACCUUUCAGUGUCUCCUUUUCUCUUGGGCCGGGCACUUUGGGCUGCCAGUCGGUUUACUGUUGCUAUGUCCCCUGAAUUGAUACAGCAGUUUCUACAGGCAACAGUUAGUGGUCUUCAUGAGACACAACCCCCAUCAGUUCGAAUUUCUGCCGUGAGAGCCAUCUGGGGUUAUUGUGACCAACUAAAAGUCUCAGAGAGUACCCACGUACUUCAGCCCUUCCUCCCCAGUAUCCUGGAUGGCUUAAUUCACCUAGCAGCCCAGUUCAGCUCAGAGGUCCUCAACCUGGUGAUGGAGACCCUGUGCAUCGUUUGUACAGUAGACCCAGAGUUCACAGCAAGCAUGGAAAGCAAAAUCUGCCCCUUCACCAUCGCCAUUUUCCUGAAGUACAGUAAUGAUCCUGUCGUCGCCUCGCUGGCCCAGGAUAUCUUCAAGGAGCUGUCCCAGAUUGAAGCCUGUCAGGGCCCAAUGCAGAUGAGGCUGAUUCCCACUCUAGUGAGCAUAAUGCAGGCCCCAGCAGACAAGAUCCCUGCAGGACUGUGUGCGACGGCCAUUGAUAUCCUGACCACAGUAGUACGGAAUACAAAGCCUCCCCUUUCCCAGCUACUCAUCUGCCAAGCUUUCCCAGCCGUGGCACAAUGCACCCUUCACACAGAUGACAACGCCACCAUGCAGAAUGGUGGAGAGUGCUUGCGGGCUUACGUGUCAGUGACGCUGGAGCAGGUGGCCCAGUGGCACGACGAGCAGGGCCACAAUGGGCUGUGGUACGUGAUGCAGGUGGUGAGCCAGCUCCUGGACCCCCGUACCUCCGAAUUCACGGCGGCCUUCGUGGGUCGCCUCGUCUCCACCCUCAUCUCCAAGGCAGGGCGGGAGCUCGGGGAGAACCUGGACCAGAUUCUUCGUGCCAUCCUCAGUAAGAUGCAGCAGGCAGAAACGCUCAGUGUCAUGCAGUCUCUGAUCAUGGUGUUCGCUCAUCUGGUGCACACUCAGCUGGAACCCCUCUUGGAGUUCCUGUGCAGCCUCCCGGGACCUACUGGCAAACCUGCCCUGGAGUUUGUAAUGGCUGAGUGGACAAGCCGACAGCAUCUGUUCUAUGGACAAUAUGAGGGCAAAGUCAGCUCUGUGGCACUGUGUAAACUGCUCCAGCAUGGCAUCAAUGCAGAUGACAAACGGCUACAGGAUAUCCGCGUGAAGGGAGAGGAGAUCUACAGCAUGGAUGAGGGCAUCCGCACCCGCUCUAAGUCAGCCAAAAACCCUGAGCGCUGGACAAACAUUCCUUUGCUGGUCAAGAUCCUGAAGCUGAUCAUCAAUGAGCUCUCCAACGUCAUGGAGGCCAAUGCCGCACGCCAGGCCACUCCUGCAGAGUGGGGUCAAGAUGACUCCAACGAUAUGUGGGAGGACCAGGGGGAGGACGAAGAAGAGGAGGAGGACGGUUUAGCUGGCCAGCUCCUAUCUGACAUUCUCGCUACAAGUAAAUACGAGGAGGAUUACUACGAGGAUGAUGAGGAAGAUGACCCUGAUGCCCUAAAGGAUCCUCUCUAUCAGAUUGAUCUGCAGGCAUAUCUCACGGACUUCCUCUGCCAGUUCGCUCAGCAGCCCUGCUACAUAAUGUUCUCAGGCCACCUUAAUGACAACGAGAGGCGGGUUCUGCAGACCAUUGGCAUCUAAAAAACGGACACUUUCCACAUCUGCUCCUCCUGGCCCAGCCACAGACCAUUUUUCAGCCCUAAACUGGCCUCGAGAUGUACUUUCUUUUCAACCUAGAGUGGCCUCCUGACUCUCGGCCUUUGGCCUUUGCAGAGUGACAAUUCAGACCAAGCUCACCAGUGCUGUCACUUAGGAAUACUGGAACAAAGGACAUUUCUCAAAGACCCCCUGAAGAGACUCCAUCUCUAGAACCUUUUUCUCCCCAACUGUGUCACCUCUGUUCCUAGAGUCCUCUGCUGGCCACUCCAGAAACAUAUUGCCCAGAAGGAUUAUGUGUUCAUGGAUUAUUUUGCCCCACCUCAGGAGCACAGGAAGUCAUGACCAUUUAUAUUCUAAAACAGACCUGUUUACUUUCAUAGGACAUCUGAUGUGUUCAGAUAGGAAUAACCUUGAGAGAUGAUUCUGCUUUCUGCCCUCCACCACAGAUGCUCUGGGUUCUCCAUAGGAACGAGAGAGAGCAGCUACAUUCUGAGCCCUCUCCAGUGACCUCUCCUUGUCUCCCUCCUAUAACACUAAGGCUCCCCUGUCAAAGGAAGUCAUCUUGUUUUUGCCUCAUUGCAUGACACAGCCCCUCCCCCUAAGCUAUCCCUGUGUAUACAUGCACACACACAAAAUAAGCCAGACAGAUGGCACGUUGGUUUUCCUUUUUUAGGGGAAAAAAAAAAAAGUGGGAAAACCAUUUUUUUAGAAGUCCUCCUGACCCAACCAUAUUUAAUAUUCCUCUCCCACACAUCACCACCCAGUCUGAUAUUCAAAGGUUACCCCAUCUCCCUCAGAAAUCCUCUAAAGUGGUUAAGUUGUAGCCCUCAAAUUUGCAAUGUGUAUUUUUCUAGGAGAGUAAAGUAAUCUUUACAAAUGAAUUUAGUCCACAUGGUAUAAGGUGUACCAGCACAUCUGCCUUCUGUUCCUUUUAGAAGGAAAAUAA